AUGGAUUUUGAAACUGAUCAGUGGGUGGUUCAAAUCAACGAGAAGCUGAAGAACCACGAAGCUUCUUCAAUGGAGAUUCAAAAAUGGAAGAAGCAUUGCAUUUAUGCAAUUCCUUCCUGUGUUGCAGACCUGAACAAGAAGGUUUACAACCCUCAAACGGUGUCGUUUGGUCCAUAUCACCACAUGAAGAAGCAUCUGGUAGCCAUGGAAGAGCACAAGCAAAGAGCUCUGAUUCACUUUCUGAGAAGGUGUGCUAAGCCAUUAGAGUCGCUGAUCAAAACUAUGGCCAAAGUGGAAGACGACUUGAGGGAUUGUUACAAGCCACUGGAAUGGAAGAACAAGAACGAGAAUAAUAAUGGUCAUAGCUUCUUGAAGAUGAUAAUUGUUGAUGGGUGUUUCAUGCUUGAAGUUCUCAGAUUUGCAUUUUGCGAUAAUAAUGGUGAUUAUGCACAGAAUGAUCCUAUUUUCAGUUGCCAUGGAAGACUCUAUACUAUACCCUAUAUCAAACGUGAUAUGCUUAUGCUUGAGAAUCAGAUUCCCAUGAUGGUUCUUGAGAAACUGAUCGAAUUUGAGGGAAACCAAGCCCAGGAUCCAGAGUUGUUGAACAGGCUAAUCCUCAAAUUCUUUUGGCCCAGCACAACUCCAAUCUUCAAAAGCUUUGGCAAAUCCUUGCACAUCUUAGAUCUCUACAGAAAAUCGCUCCUUCAACAUGAACCCACUCACCCCACAAUCAUUCCCAAACCAAUCAAAUCAAACACACACGAAGAAGACGACGAAAUCAUCAUUCCCUCUGCAAGAGAGCUUCAAGAAGCUGGCAUCACCUUCAAGCCAAGCAGAACCCACAGCCUCAAAGAUGUCUCGUUCAAUGGCGGAAUCCUCAGAAUCCCUUCAAUAAUACUCGAUGACUGCACAGAGACAACGUUGUUGAACCUCAUAGCAUUCGAACGCAUGCAUGUAGGAGCAGGCAACGAGGUUUCUUCAUUUGUCUUCUUCAUGGAUAACAUCAUCGACAAGGAGAUUGACGUGGUGAUUUUGGAGCAAAAAGGGAUUGUACAGAAUGCUUUAGGAAGUGAUAAAGCUGUGGCCAAGCUUUUUAACUCACUGUCUAGGGAUGUUUCUGUUGAUCGCGGAGGAGGAGGUCUGGAUAUAGUGCAAGUGAGUGUGUGUAGAUAUUGCAAGAAGCCAUGGAAUAAGUGGAGAGCUAAUCUCAUUGAAACUUACUUCAGGAAUCCAUGGGCGAUUCUGUCUCUUGCUGCUGCAAUAUUUCUGUUUGUGUUGACUAUUGUUCAGACCGUGUAUACCAUUCUUCAAUCCUAUCAACCAGACAGCUCUAGUUCAUCAUCUCCUCCUCCAGCUGGGCCAUUUCUUCCAAGACGACGACCCCAACCUCAUUUUUGA